CCUUUUGGGAGCAACCCCCGUACUUUUUCCUGUCAAUCAAUCAGCUUUUUGCUCCUGCCGCUGCUCUACCUGCUACCACCUGCGACCAUCACCGUUCCUCCGGCACCGCACCCACACAACACAGCAAUCUUGCAACACAGCCCGCCUUCUUCUUCAUCUCGCUACCUGUCCUGUCCUUUUCCGUCCUCUUACCCGCACAACACCCUCACAAUUCAACAGCACAACCAAGUUCUACUCGUCCUUUUCUUCACCACCACCACCCUCUCGCUACCAUCAUCAACACCGUUAACUUGAACCUUCCAUCGUUUUCUCCCUGUUAGCAUUCAUACAAGUAAAUAUUCCUGUUGACGCUUAACUGAAGCAGCUAUCCUGUCGCUUCAUCACAACCGCAGGCAUAGCUAGAUAGGAGAGAAGAAAAGUUGGGAAUUAGCUUUUUCUACCUUUACCCUCCUGCUAUCACGGACCAGUGAGCGAAAAUCAUCGCUACGAAAGGGCUUUCCUCGCCUCCACGCUUGAAAUGUCACAACAGAAUAAUAACAUGAGCAGAAACCGUUCGAGUUCAUCCCUAUCCUUCAACCAGGAGAACUCUUCCUUUAACGACAUCGACGCCUUCAUCGACUACGACGGCCCUAAUUCGUUCAUACCCUCUCCUACUCUGUCCCGAUCCUCUUUCUCCUCGUCGCAGUCAAGUACCCCUUCCAUGAACCAGAAGGUGACCAACAACAACCACUUGUCAGCUACAGGAUUUCCCGCCCCGAGCCAUCAAUAUGAUCUUCACACCCAGCAAACGGGCUCGCUUCCCGUGAAUUCUGGUUUUUAUCCCGACUUUUUCCCCCCAGCUGCCUCCAUGUCGGUUUCUCCCCAUGAGAAUAGCUUCAUGCAACUCGACAACGACUCUUCUGCCUCGCUAAACGGCUCAAGCGGCAUGAUGCCAGCCUACUUUUACCCCGAGAGCACCACCACUGGGGAUAGCUCGGCCAAUUUUGUUAAUCCUAGUUUGGUCUUGGGAACUUCACCGAUAGCGAUGGAUAAUUUAGAAUCUUCGGUUAAGAUCGAAGUUCCUACCGUUACGGUCCCUCCUGUCGGUCCUACUGCCCCUCCCAUGGCUACCGCUGGUAGAUUCUACGCUGGUAUCCAUCAACACCAAGCUGCCUACGAGCAACAGCAGAGAGCAAUCAGGGAGCAGCAACAGAGGCAAGCACAGCAACAAGCCCCGCUAUCCCAACAGCAACAGCUUAAGGUUGCCCCGAAGAGUAAUGUCGAUGAACGUGUAGAUAAAAUCUUGACUUCUAUGAAGAGCAAUGCCCCCCAUCCCUCCGCCAAUGGAACGCCCCCCGUUUUACCCCACAUUGCCAAACUCAAGAAGGAGGAGGAUGAAAUGGAUGAGGAUGAACGUCUACUUGCUAGUGAGGAAGGGAAGAAGUUGACCAGCAAGGAGAGGAGGCAACUCAGAAACAAGGUUUCUGCCCGUGCUUUCAGAAGCAGAAGAAAGGAAUACAUCACCCAUUUGGAGCAGGAAGUUGCUACCAAGACAAACGAAGCUACCGAUCUUCAACAUGAGAAUACCAGACUCAAGGAGGAGAACAACAAACUUAGUGAACUCACUAGGAUGCUCUUAAGCUCUCCUGCGUUUUCAGUGUUUUUGGAUGCUAUGCAACCGGCCGCCCAGAACGAUACUUUGGAGCAGGUCCCCAAUGCCACCACCGCACCGGAACCAAAGACUGCUCCAUCCAACACCGAUGCUUCCCUUCGCCCUAAUACCCGCAAGGACGUUAAUCCUAACCUUGUCCCAGUUUCCGAGGAUUCUGAGUGGCCUUUGGCGUACAACACCUGGGGAACCAACUCGCCGCAGGUGUUUAGUGUUCUCGAACUUCCACAAGGCCCCCCAAGCAUCCAGGAUUUGAGUGGAAAGGUUGUUGAGGAUGAGGACUGGAAGUUGAGUUCCCUUCCUGUUGCCGAUGGGUUCUUCCCCAUCCGCAACGAGAAGGCUGGUAUCAUGGACCACUUCGAUGAGGACGAGUAUGAGGCACCAGAGGAUCUCUUUGAUGUUUACGAGGAAGAGAUGCAGUACAAUACUAGGGAAGAGACUGAGGUUGACGAGAAGAAAACUUUGGACGAACUGUUCCCUGGAACCGGUGUCGAGGCUUUGCUCGAACGUUUGGAAAUGAUUGCAGGGGGUCAGGCCCAACCAGAGGAUCUCUUUGAAGAGGUCGCUGUGGAAAAAUCUCUGGAGAUUGUCGAGGAGAAGAGCGAGGAAAUCGAGGAGAGCACAUUGGGAGAAGCAAACAGGAUGUUGGAUGCUGCUGAGGGUAUCUACAGAAGGAUCGGGUUGGUUGUUGGCGGCCAGUAAACGUUAUGGAGAUCUGUCAAAGCCUUCAUAUACAUUGUACCAUGUCAAACUUGCUGCUCUUGAUCUUUCUCGCUUGAGCAUUGGCUGGUAGGUCUUGGAGUUUAGGUGGUUGGGAAUUACACGACUUUAGACGCACGGGAGUUUUCAUCGACCUCAGUUGCUGUUUUGAUAUUAUUUUUACCUCCCUCCAACCAAGCUUUGUUUCCACCUUAUAUCAGCCCUGUAUUUUUUUGUGUUCCUUUUUCUCUUUCCUUUC